AUUGCUUGCUGUGCCACAGUUUCUAUCCAUAUGCUCCCCCCUCUUCUCUCCCGUUUCAUUUCAACAUUACGAUUUCACAACAACAGAUGUUUCUGCUACGAGAUGCUACAAACUCUACAACAAUCACGCUUUGCUUUUCUCUUUUAAUUGAGUGUUUACCGUAAAGUGAGCAUGCGUUUGUCUGCAGGCUGCUGAGCAUGUCUUUGUUUCCCCGGGAGGCAGCUGCCUGGAUGGACAGGAUGAGUCGUGCAGAGAGGGCAGGGUUGCGGUGGCCCAGCUGGGACAACUGUACAGGGAGGUACGCCAGCCAGCGACUCAGCACCUUACUCCUUCAGAGGAAGACAGCAAGGGGUAGUAAAAAGCCUGGUUUGCGCAAACAAUCAUGUGUCUGAAUAAAAACACACAAUUGAAGCCUAUCUGUUCAAAGCAUUUUCAUUUAGACUUCAAUAGAUCUUUGUGUUUCAGCAGACGUGUAGAUGUUACAUCAUUCCUCCUGAAAACAUAGAUUAGGGAGGACUAGAACACUGCGCUCUAUUUCUUAUUCUGUCUUCCUCUUUAUAAACAAGCACUAAAAAGAGAUGAGUUUUCAGGAAAAGUUAAACCCGGGAAAACACUCUUACAUCCAGACUUUACUCUUAAACCCUCUUUUACAACUGACAGUGUGAUGAGGCAGUCCCUGAAACAGUCACUGUUUGUUUCUUACUUCUUUCAAAUGGGUGGCCAUGAUUAAUGUCCUGGAAAACUUAAAUUUCUAAUAAACAACCCGUUCAAAUUGGGUAAUAAAUUGAUAUGUAAUAAAUGUCAGCAGAGAUAUUGUAAAUUUAAUAAUGGAUGCACUAUGAAAUGAUGAAAAAGCCUCUGAGAAUGCUUAAACCAAUAAAUAAACAGUUGGAAGCACUAUUCUCUCUCCUGUACUGUGAUUAUGUAUUUUCAUGCCUACUUUUAUUGUAAAGACCCUUGAGCAGGUGCAUUUAAUGAAGAACUGGGCAUUUCAAAAUGAUGGUCUUCAGCAGGAAACUACUGCAGAAAUUAUGUUCAACUCAAUACUGUGAGUCCUCAGUUUAAAAACCCCAUACAGUGCAAAGACAACAAUGACUUGAGGUACCUUGCUAUGUGUGUGUGUCCUUGCACCUGCAGGUAGAGUUUGCUGUAGAAAGACAGCAGCAAAGAUCGCGUCUGUAAAGUCAGGUUCCUCUGCUUGUAGUACACAUAAACCGCUGCCAACAGCUCCUCUGUCACUGCUGCAAGAAUACAAACACACAUAAACAAACAAACGAAUCAGCUGACUCAUGACUUCAAAAAUAAAAGUCUGCUCAUUUUUCAAACACCUCAGUCCAUAGUAUGUGUGUCAACAUACAAGUAUUAUACAUUAUAUAAACGAGCUUUAUAUGCUUACUUUUGCUACUCUGUGUGAGCACCAUUUUCCACACAGUUCCCAGCAGCAUGUGGAGCUGUCUGUAGCUGAGCUUCACUCCACUGCUCAGAGUGUCUCUCACAAACACCCUAAGUGGUGUCAGCCAGUCUCCGGCCAUCUCUCGGCUAAGUCCUUGCCUCUGACUCAGGGACACCAUGACUUGGCACAGUGUGAUGUUUAAGGCCAGAGGCUCCACUGUCAACCCCAGGGCAGCGACAGUCUGUUUAGUCCUGCAGUGAAAGCAAAGGAAUUUUAGUACCACCACUGAUUUGGAUCUUUGUAAUCAAUUAGUGCAACAACAGCUCAUUGGUACUUCAUGUGUGUUUGACUAUAUUUCACAAGAUUUGCAGGUGAAAUUAAAUACACACAACCACAACCUUAAAAUGAAGUUCUUUGCCUUUCUCAUACCUUACAUAAGAAUGCUUUAAAGAAAGGCUGAGGGAGAAUGUCUGCCCUUAAUUUAACGCUGAUAUUACUCACCUUUUAAUAUCGACCUUCUUUUUAUGUUUAGGUGUGUCCCGAGUACCGUAGGGAAAGUUUUUCAUGAAAUACUGCUUAAAAUCGCCCAGGUAUUCUUUGUGAAACCAUGCAUCCUACAAAAAGGUAGAACCGUCAUUAGUCAACUUUUUCUUGUAUAAAAAAUAUACUACUGGAUAUUUUUACACUCUUCAUCUCACCAGUGCAUCCCUGUGCUCCUGCUGAGGCGCCAGUUUUCUCAGCAGUUGCAAGAUGGACAACACUUGGAACAUUAUUGACAUUGCAUCUGGGGUGAGCAGGUGAGCACUGUCACUGCUAUUCCAGGGACAGUCACUGGUACUAGCUUCCACCCAGACUUCUAACAGAAGAGGCACCAGAGUGGAUGCAAAGCUUUGAACAGAAUCAGCAGAGUCCAGCCCCUCACCCAGUGCGGGUCCAGGUUCCACCUCCGGUCUGAUAAAAAAAAAAAGAGGGGCAAACACAAAACAUGGAUUAGAAUCUAGGAAAUUCAACUGAAACUUUUUUAAAUUUAAAUUUUAAAACACAUUUUCUCUCUGGUCUAAAUUUCUUCAUGGUUUAAGAAAUUUUCAGUGUCUUACCUGAGUUUGAAGGUGGACUGUGGAGUUGGUUUGGCCCCAGAAUGCUCAUACACCCUGACUCCAACUUUGUUAUAGGUGAGCUCUUCCCAGUUUAGGUUGAGAGGUGUUAGCCUACCCUCUCCACUGGAACCAAAUACUCCUUCAGUUUGGACAAAAAUAUCACUUUCCUCCACAGGUCUUUCUUCAACCACUGCCUGCAGGAAGCGCCCAAGCCUUGAAAUACAAAUGACAUAAAAGUAACUCUGGUAGCAUGAUUCAUGUUAGAAUUUUCAAAAAAUAUUCAAAAUGUGAGAGCAUUUAAUCCAAACCUGGAAAGAACAGAGAGACGCCAGUGCUGACUCGUCACAGCCCUGCUUGGGUUGACUGACAGUGCCCAUGUUCUUCCCUUUGCAUCUUGGGACUUUUUGGCACCAGAGCUGCUUUGUUUGUGAGAAAUCAACUCCAGGAAGUUAGUGAGAAGUACAGCAGGACGUGCAGCUAACAGACCAGGGUAAUGCUCCAGCAUCACAUCAAGAACCUUCAUGGCAUCCUCCUGGAUGCCAGGCUCAAUAUGGGUCAUGGCACAAGACAGGUGGGCACUAAGGAGGGGGAAAAAUGGAGCCACUCGUUCUGCGGGCACAGACUGUGAAAUGAACCUGGAAGGUAAACACAGGUUCAAACAGAUGAGAGAAAAUAACACCAAGGGUUCAUUUUUGUUGUAUUGCUGAAUUUCCCUUUUCACAGAUGCUUGUCAAAGAUAAGAUAUAUUGUCAGGCCAUGUCUCUCUAACAAUACAUCUUAAAUUCUCACAUUUUGUGCGGUUGUGUAUUUGUAUGUGUGGGUGAGUGUAGAGUGGGUGUGUGCCUUUGUGUGCAUGUGGGUUCAUGGUUGUGUGUGUGGGUGGGAGUGUUGGGUUUUAUUGUUGUUAUUUUUGUUCUUAGCCUCUGUGAGCCACUUUGAAUUUUUUUUGUAGGAAAAGUGCCAUAUAAAUAAAGUCAUAUUUGAAUUUGUCUCACCUGAGCACACGUGUCGCUGCCAAACGAACAUUGCCAUCCUUGUCUGUGAAAACAGCUGCCACUUCAGAAAGCAAGCGAGACAGGUGCUGCUCUAACAAGGAGGGAUUGAGAGACAGCAACUCUCUCAAACCCAACAAGGCACUGUGUUUCACAUUGGCAUUGUAAUGGUGGAGCUGAGACAGAAGGUCCUGGUGGAGGAAAGAGAGGGAGGAGACUCUUAGUGAUCCAGAGUUGAUUCAGUUUACUGUCAAAUUAAGAAACAAUGGAAUAGCUUACAUUAAUACCAAGCUGUCUGUGAGUGGUGGGGCCGCUUGUGUCUCUCCUCAGCUGUUCUGAUAUGUGGAUUCCUUUGGAGCGGAAAUUUGUGUUGGUGGCAUUAUCCGCUUUAGGUUUCAGCUUUCCCACCUUCAACUUCACCUUCUGGAAAUCAUCCUGCCUCUUCUUCUUCUUGGACUUCAUCUUUGGAGGCUAUAGGUCUGUGCUGAUGGACACAAAGAGGAAUAACACCGAAUUCAACAAAAGCCAGACUGACCACCUGAAUGUGUUUGUACAGUGUGGCUGAAGCAUUUCGACCUACAACACAAACUAUAAUAAAUACUGUGAGGUUAGGUCAGGAAAGCAUUUAUCAGAGUCUACAAUCGAUCCCACAGAGUCAGGGAUCUCGUGGCUCCAACAAUUUCGCCGCUAUCUGGUUUCAAAAUCUUGCAUGACAGCUGUUCAUGUUACUUACAGCUCAACAAAGUCCAGGGUACCACCGUGAAGGGCUCACACAGCAUCAAACACACCCCAAAUGUCUCGAGCUAAAGAUUAGCCCCCUGCUAGAUACAUAAAUUCAUAUAAAAAGAAAAUACUCCGCGUUCAUACAUCUGGGGCUUACGCACGGGGUCCUCUAGUUUCGUGCGUACACAUUUACGAGGUUACGUUAGAUAUGUUGACUACAGCAGCUGCGGAGCUUAGGUUCCUUCAUCGUCAAAACAACUUUUAGGCGAUAUCACGAUGCUUUACACAUCUUUAUGUGUUAAGUUAAAUAAGCAAACUUAAACUUUUUUGAUUAAUUUUUAUCCAACUGAAUGAAUUUGUGUUCUGAAUGUGCUUACAUGGGUCUAUUUUUCUCCUGCGGGGAUAGACGGGAUGGUAGGGGAAGGUCCCGCCCCCGGGCCCUUCUAUUGGCUGUGAAACGUCAUCGUCUGUCGGGUUAAGGUUAGAAUAACGGUAUGGAUUAGAAUCAGGAAGAGGUUAACGGUUAGGUUUAGGAGAUUCAGAAGUGAAAAUAAUGUUCUGUAAUUUUCUGUUCGAUGUACAGAGCCGACAGCCCGCGUUUGGCUUGAGCGUGUGAAGACAUUUCAAGAUUUUGUAGCCAAUCAGAGGCAAGCGGGAUACCCUGGUGCUCAAAGCGAACGCACUCCGUUGCUGUCCGCACAAUUCCCAUUUAAAAAAGUAAAUAACGUCUAUCCAACUGUCGACCAUUCUCGAUAAAAUAGCGCGAUUUUUAGUUGUGUUUCAAUAUCAGGGUGUGUUUAUUUAAUUUUUCGCAGGGAACUGACACAGAAUAGCGUGAGAUUUGAUGUUUUAAAGCAGGCAAACGCACCGCUUACCUCGCUCGUUGACGCGCCUCUGGACGUUGUGUUUUAACAUCCUCGAUAGUCGGUGGGAGCUGUGCACACAAGUACUCGGUUCGUCUAAGAUAUCGUCCUUAAGGUGAUUAUUGUCGUUUACUUUUAAUUGGCGACGACACAGCGACGAAAUAUGCUGAGUGUCUAUGCCUGCCGAGAGGUUUUUAAAGCAAGCAUGAUAGUGUCGAGGAGCUUGGUCCAGUAUUAACUGAAGGCUCAACUAGGCCUCAAACAACAGGGGUGAACUGGGUUUAAUCCAGAUAAAUGUUUGCUGUGUCUUUCAUGUGGACUGUUUUUGACACAUAAUAGUUUUCAGUGAAUUGUCUUCAAUAUCCGCAGAGUUCAAACACGGAGAAAAUGGAGGUUCAAGAUUCAGCCAAUAACCCCACACCGAAAAAUGGGCCGCAGCCGAAUCAAAAGAGAAAUAACAGGGUAAGUAUCAAAACAACGAGCUGUUGGAGAGACUUUGACUUUCUCUUGGUAUCUUCUCUUCAACUCGUUUGUUCAAGAGAAGGCUGCUUUGCAGGACCAAGUGGAGAGUCAGGUGGCAGUAGUCCUCGGCUGGUGGACUUGGUGCCGUCCCCGUGCUCUCAGGCUUUGCUGUGUUAGACCGAAGUCAGUGGUCUGGACCUCACAGCUGCGGCCUGUUCGUACUGGUGCAAACAUGUCUUAUAGUUUUCACUUCUUUUUUUAGAUUUGACUUUGAGCUUCACAUCUGUGGUGACCCUGGUUCUCUGAACCAAUAUCUGUGUGCAGACCACUCAGUUUUUACCUCUGAGUGCUGUCACAAAGUCAAAGAGACCAGGGUUUAGCAGGGCACCUGGAGAAAUCAUCUUAUGAGAAAAGAUUUUUUUCCUGCACUCUUAUAUAUAUCAGCUUUGAUAACCACCCACCAUUUAAAUGUAGCUUGAGAGACUGUGAACUUUAAAAUUCAUUAAUUAAACUGUCCAAAAAUCUAAAGAAAUCAGACAAUCAAGUGUAACAUGCAGCCCGCUGAAACUUUUCUUGUACUUGGAUGCUUUUUUGUCUCUUGGCUAGUCUGUACUGGUCUUUCAAUUAAUGGAAUAUAGUGUAAUUUUUUUGUUGGACAGGUGCCAUGAUCUCUGGCAGUGGCCAAUUUGAAGACUUAUUACAAAGCUGGAAUAAACUUACCAUUCUUAUGAUCUAAACUGAGUUUACUCUCUUUUUUCACAUCCUGAAAAAGGGGAUUGUUAACUUAGUAUUGUCCCAAUUGUUUAGGCUGUUUUUGUAUUUUGCCAAACCUGGAAUCAGGGCUCUCGACCUGAAGACCUUAAUGCACAGUAGAACAGAAAUCACUUCUAUUUUUUUUUUUCUUUUUUUUACUUUUCUCGCAAAAAUUACUGAGGUGUUUACCUCAGUGUCCAAUGUUGCCCAUGUAAUCAUUUAAGCAGCUGAACUUACUUUCUUAGCCUCUCCAGUAAAUAUUUUGUUCUACUCAAUUAAACAUGUUUUUGUAUUCCUCGUUCUCAUAGAAUGAGGAUUACAACUACAACUGUACUUUUAGGACACUUGUCUCUGUGGCUGCUGCUGCUUGUUGCAGGAAAAAUGGAGAACAAGCAAAAUAUUGGCUUUAUGGCAUACAUAGGGUUGUGGAUAUGGACCUGGAGUUCAGUCCUCUGCUAAGUGUCAUCCUGUCACUAAUGCCUCUAUGUGUCUCUCUCCUUCAUGUGGGUUUAUUCCCUUCCUUGACAGAGAAAGCAGCCGCAGCAUUCUGCUGAUAUAGGUAAGUCCUCGAUACAUGGUGCCCACUGCCCGUGCUGGGAGUUGAAGCUAGAGGCGGUGAUUUCCCUGCUUCAUGUCUUGAGGUGGUGGCAUGUUCACCACUCUCUGAGACUCUCACUCACAGAAAAUGGUGGCUGUUGUGGUGCCAUGAUCAGUGUUUGUCACUGCAGAAAGAACUUUGCAAAAUACUUUUCACUAUAUCGCACCUGUGUUGCUAUUCAGAAAAGCCACUUUUCAAUGUCUACUCGAUUUGAAAAUAUAGAAAAAUACAGAAACAAUUUUCCAACCCAUUCUCCAAAUAUGUUGCUACAUUGAAGACAGACAUGGCUAGCUCCUCAUGUCCCCAGAGACUGCUACACAUUGUCCCCAAAAAGCAGGACAUGAAACCAUGAGUUUGCGAUGGUUGCUGUUCGGAGAUUGAUGCACUUUUUGUGCUGUGAUGGUUGUUGGAACUUCUUCCUCUUUCUUAAUGUUUUUUUUUCCUCCUGAAUGCUGCACUCUUUUUUGUAUUUUUUUUUUUUUGCUCUGCACAGGCUGCGUAACGUAUUUUGUCAUCUGAGUUAAACGUACUCACAAGAGCAUUUUAAAUAAUGCUGUCGUGUGGUCGCUGUUCCGCUGCUUUUAAAAAAUUUUUUAGCACGAAAAUGACACUUUUGUGGUCAGGCGUAUCCAGGGGCAAUGCAUCAUGGGGGCUGGUGCCCGGCAGUCCUGUUCAAGUCCACAUGGGGGGUUAUCCAAGAGCAAUAGUUCUUGUUCACCCCCCCAAACUUCAAAGCACACAUGAGGAGUUUGGGUUGUUUGUGAAAAUAACAUUUAUUGGCAAUGGGACACUGAACCUAGUUAACUUCAGUGUCUUCUAAGCAAUAAUCAUUAUAUAGGUGUCUUUGAAGAAAUUGACAAAGUGGCUUACAGAACCAGUUUGUUGGACACAAACCUUUUCAGAAGUUCAUCCACUGCUGACCCUCGUAAAGCCUCUGCAUUUAGCUGACCCACUGUUGUGUUCUCUCAGUGUACACCAAAGGCUCCACCAUCCAGACCAUGCCCAGUCUCAGCAAACUGUUGAAGGAAGUCACAGAGUGCAUAGUUGGUGAGCAGAAGGCCUAUUUACUGCGCACAUACCCUCUUUCUCUAUCGCAUCAAAAUCCGUUAACAGCGACUGUAACUUGUCUGCAGGUCUUCAGUAUGUCUGGGAGUAUCGAAGCCCCAGUAAAUCUGUCCCGCCACACUACCAGUGCAAACUCUGUGCCGUCUCCCGUUUGCAGCAUGAUAUGGUUGCACACGUGAAAGGAUGGAAACACAGCUUCAGGUAUAUGGUGAGAAUCCUUUUUGUUUACUUAUUUAAUCUAACUGAACGUUUGAGUUCCAUUUGAUAUGUAAGGUUGACAGUUUGAGCUAAAUGUCAUUUAACAGACUUUUUUCCAAGGUAACUGUUCUGUAUUUGGUAAAACAAAAGAAUUAAGGGAUUACUUGUAAGAAUGUUUGUUUAUUUAGUACAAUCCCCCUUCUUCCCAAGCCUGUGAUGCAGUUCUCUUCUCAUGUCUCUGCACUGGACAGUGGUGUAACUUUUCCAUGAGUAGCAGACACAAUCUUUCAGCAGCAAGCACGACUGUAAAAAAUGCUCUGAGCAGAAGUGGAGAAUAACAUAGUUUAGUCCACGUUUCUGUUAUUCAAGGUCACUCCAUUCCACCCCCUUGUUUUUUUUACCAGCUGCAGUGGCUGCUUUGGUGGCAGGGGAACUGUUUUCUAGUAGUGUAUGGACCCAGUUCAAACCUGUUUGUAUAAAAACCAGGCAGUUUUAGUGAUAACACAAACGCAUAAUCCCUGCUAUCACAGAAUGUGGCACUGUUGGCAGCAUUGAAACUGGUACAUAACCAACCCCUAAUCAGUAAAAUUUCUCUUCAAUGUGCACAGAAAAAAGUCUACCCUGACAAGCUCACCCAUGAGGAAGAGGAGGGUGUCAAAGACCCAGCCAUAAGAAAGAAGAUAAAGGAAGCAGCAGCUGAUGUGGAGAAAACGGAGGGCAGAGGACAACUCAAAGUGAGUCUUGCUUUGAUUGCAUUUAUAGUGUCCAGUGGCAGGGUAGCUUCCCGCUUCUGUUUAACGGGGGAGAAAUUCAAAAAUGUUGGUUAAAAAUCUUGUAUGCCCUUUCUAGUUCAGGAACACUUGAUGUUUUUUGAAGAAGUCAAGAAGAAGUCAUAGAGAAAAUUUUGGUUUAUCCUUUUGAAACAGCUCAUUCCCAGAGACUACAGAGCAUGAAAAGUCCAGGUAGAACCAGGGUGAAAAGUUUUCAGAGAGUUUAAGGCUGUGGAGUUGACUUCUUCAUCUCUGGUUUCAUUUGCGGAGAAAAUCUUUGAAGAAGAGACCCCAGCACAUCAUUUUGCUCCCUGUAAAACAAAAAAACUUGAAUAAUGAAAACCAGAGAGUCAUUAUGAGAUGAUAAGGUUGAAAGUUCCAGUUGCCUCUGCAGGACUUCCUCUAAAUGCACCGCCUGUCAAUUCUUAUGGUUAAUUCUCUUUAAAAUGGGCCUUGUACAGAUUUGACACGUUUGUCUUUUUUCUGUGUUUAAGGUGAUUCUGAAGGAGCCUUGUGAAGUCGCUGCUUUCAAAGGACUUCGUAAGUUAUUCGUACUGCCUCCUGAUUGUGUUCUGUCUGGGUAGUGACUAUCUCUAAUGUCCACAUCUCUCUCUCUCGCAGGUUCUGCAGCUCCUAAAGGUGUGCCUCCCCCAGCACUGGGUCUGGGACCGAAGGGGCCGUCUCCUUUUGGUGAGUCACUUUUAACAGUUAGGAAUAUACUGAAUGUACUUGCAUGCCCUCCACUACUAAAUAACAGCCUAUACAUUUGAUUGCUUGUUUUCUUCAGGUCCUAGGUUUUCUGAACAGAGGUUUCCUCCUCAGAGGGGUCUUCUCCCUGACUUUCCAGGAGGAGACUAUGGGGAGCCCGGUUUUGGAGGAUACUCAGCUGGUCAAGAUUACCUUGAUCCUAGUAUGGAUCGAAGACCUUUCUCAGAUGGUAUGGGCCUACGUCAACCUGGAGAUGGCUUUGGACCAGGUGGUGGCAGGGAUAGUCUUGGGAGGACUGGACUGCUGGAAAGCCCAGGAAGACAGUAUCCUGAUGAGUGUCAGGGUGGCCGCAUGGGGGGUAGCUUAAUGGACAGACCUGUUGACAAACCAAUGGAGAGGCCAGGUCUGAUGGGAGCCGCUCCAGAGAGUGGCAGUCUGCCUAAUAAACUACUCACCUAUCUGGUAGAAGUUUUUAUAUCACAUAUUGGGGUCCUCCCAAACUUAAACAAAAUGUCAAAGUUUUUCAGUUGCAUGUAGUUUCUUUACCUUUUCAAAAUCUGUCUUCAGGAUAGUUUCCGGAUAGAGAAUGAGGAUGACGCACAGCUGGUGUUGAAGGUGACACAGAAACUAACAGAUGUGCUGAUGGAGUACAGACUGAGGAGUAUAUCAUCGGUAUGAUGCUUGUUGUUACUACAAAAAGAACAUCUCUAUUUUCAUAUCUUGAAUUUAAAGCAUAUUGUGCAUCAUGAACAUCUGCUCAUCAUUUCGUCUUUAGGGCCCUAGUCUGAGCAGCUUUUCUAUGGGUUCAACAAGUUUUUCUUCCACACCCUCAAGACUUCCAAGCAGUGACAGAUAUUCUGGUAGUCUCUCAGGUAUGUAAGCACCAAGUUUUCUUGCAAUCUUUUGCACUGAUACAUCCAUCAAUAUGCACCGUAUUUUAUCAUUGGAUGAAAAAUGAAGUAUUGUUCUGCAUGCUGGUCUUGUAGUUUAUGGUGUAUGUUGUCCUCUUUCCGCAGGUCCUAGCAGGUUCUGUGACGGUCCAUCCAGAUUUUACAAAUGACAGAGGGUGUGACACCCUAAACUUACCAUCCAUCACUAUUUGUCUAUCAGUUUAGACUGUACAGGAGUUGAAAACUUGUUUAUUUAGAAGCUUUUAGGUUGUUUCCGGGUUUUUUGUUUUUGUUUUUUUCCCCCUUCGCUUUUCAACCACUUGGGAUCGUAAGGCUUUUCCGGAAAAGCUUGUGCAUGUUUUUAGCAUGUCUAGCUGGGUUAUACCAUUAGACCCCUGUGAAUAACCCAUGGUCUUGUAUUAAAAGUAUUUGACAAAC